AUUAGUGGUAACGCGCGGUCCUUAAGGCGGUUGAGGACCGCGUGUGAGCGUGCGAAGAGGGCGUUGUCCUCUUCGACGCAAACCAUUAUAGAAGUCGAUUCUUUAUUCGAAGGAAUCGACUUCCAUGCGACAAUUACUCGAGCGAGAUUCGAGGAAUUGUGCAUGGAUUUGUUUAGAAAAUGUAUGGAUCCGGUGGAGAAAUGCUUGAAAGAUGCGAAAAUGGAUAAGGGUUCGAUUCACGAGGUGGUCCUUGUUGGCGGUUCGACACGAAUCCCGAAAGUUCUGCAGCUUUUAACUGAUUUCUUUAACGGGAAAGAGCUUUGCAAGAGUAUAAAUCCUGACGAGGCGGUCGCGUACGGCGCGGCCGUCCAGGCCGCGAUUUUAACGGGCGAAGGAGAUGAGAAGGUUCAAGACCUUCUCCUCCUCGAUGUCGCACCGUUAAGUCUCGGUCUGGAGACUGCUGGCGGUGUGAUGACCGUUUUAAUCCCGCGAAACACCACAAUUCCGACGAAAAAAGAGCAAAUUUUCUCGACUUAUUCGGACAAUCAACCGGGAGUUUUGAUCCAAGUUUACGAAGGCGAACGCGCGCAAACGAAAGAUAACAACCUCCUUGGCAAAUUCGAGCUAACCGGAAUCCCUCCGGCCCCGAGAGGUGUACCUCAGAUCAAUGUAACAUUCGAUAUCGACGCGAAUGGGAUCUUAAACGUGUCCGCGGAAGAUAAAACCGCGGGGGUUAAAAACAAAAUCACGAUAACGAACGACAAGGGGAGAUUAAGCAAAGACGAGAUCGAGCGAAUGGUGCAAGAAGCCGAGCGAUACAAGGCGGAGGACGAGGAGGUGAAGAAGAAGGUGGAAGCGAGGAACGCGCUAGAGAAUUACGCGUACAACAUGAGGAACACGGUGAAGGAUGAGAAGUUCGCGGCUAAGUUAUCCGCGGACGAUAAAGGGACAAUCGAAAAGGCGGUGGCCGACGGGUUGGAGUGGCUAGAGAAGAAUCAACUGGCGGAAGUGGAUGAAUUGGAGGAUAAGUUGAAGGAAUUAGAAGGUGUGUGCAACCCCAUUAUAGCUAAGAUGUAUCAAGAUGGUGGUGCUGGUGCGGGUGCUGGUGAUGUUCCGAUGGGUGACGGUGGCACUAGCAGUGGCACUAGCAGUGGCGGUGGCGGUGGCGCGGGGCCGAAGAUUGAGGAGGUUGAUUAAGUAUGGUGGUGUUACAUGUACAGUUUGAACUUUGAAGUUGUUGUGUUUAAUAGUUUUAGUUGGUAAUAUUCUGUUUUGUGUGUACUAAUGUUGUUGUUGGAUAUUAAAUAAGCAACAAGUGUUUUCUGUUAAAGCAAUGUUAUGUGUAUACAUUAUAAGUUUUCAAAAGAAUAAGUUAACAAAAGAAGUUGAAAUUA